AUAGCCUUCUACUUCCUUCCGCCCCUGCUUGUGGAUCUGAUAUUUCGAUCAUAAGUUGUAUCUUCCAAUCUUGGAGCUUUCGAACAGCUUCUGCAUUGAGGAGUACUUAAGCCUACAUCAACAACAGAUCUUUUAAGUUUCAUCUUCCCACUCUCAUAAGUUAUAGUUUUAUUCCGUUUUCUUGUUCUUCUUUCAAACCGUUUGGCCACGCAGAAUUCUAGAAACAAUUCCAACUCUCUUUCUGUACCAUUAUUUCCUUUGAGCAAUUCCUACAACCUUCAUCUCUUUUUGGUGAUUAAUUUGUACCUACCACCGCACCUUAUUCUUGUGAAUUUCUUCACUUUGGUUUCAGCUUUGCUUCUUCAUUGUUGUUUUCUAGUUUAAAUGGCCUCGAGCUCCCAAACCACCUCUUCAUCUCUUCCUUCGUCAUCAGCUCCUCAGUGGAAGCAUGAUGUGUUUCUCAGCUUUAGGGGUGAAGACACCCGGAAGGGUAUUGUAUCCUCUUUAUACCAUGAACUGAAAACUAGAGGAAUACAAACAUUCAUGGAUGACCAAGGGCUUCAGCAAGGGAUGCCUAUUUCUCCAAGUCUCCUAACAGCGAUUGAGGAAUCCAGGUGUGCAGUCGUUCUUCUAUCGCCAAACUAUGCUUCUUCUACAUGGUGUUUGGAUGAACUUGCAAAGAUUCUUCAAUGCUCUGAAGCCAAGAAGACACUGGUUCUGCCAAUUUUUUAUAAUGUCUCCCCCUCUCAUGUGCGACAUCAAAAGGGAAGUUUUGCAGAAGCCUUCACUAAGCAUGAAGAGAGGUAUAGGCAAGGCAAUGAUGAUGCAGAGAAGGUGAACAAGUGGAGAGCUGCUUUAACACAAGUGGCCAAUCUCUCUGGGUUGGGUUCAAACAAAUUUGGGUCUGACAGAGAACUCGUCCAACGCAUUGUGGAACUUGUGCGCCGUGAUAUAAGGCCUAUUUCAAUAAUGUCGAGCAGCAAUUUUGAAGCAUUUGAAUCAACAAGAAAAGCCAUGAAUGAGCUGAUGGAGGCAUUGGAAGAUGAUGACGUCUCUGCCAUUGGGGUCUAUGGAAUGGGAGGGGUUGGGAAGACAACCAUGGUGAAACAUGUCGGUGCACAAGCCCAAAAAAUGGGGCUUUUUGAUCGUGUGAUUAUUGUUAGAUUAACAUGAACAAACAUCCAUCAUAUACAUUCAAGAAACACAAACCAAUAAGUCGAUGAAAGAUUACUAACCUGAUGAUGUAGAAGCCAUUGCAAUGCCGAAAGCACAAGUCUUCUGUUCUCUCCAAUGCCUUAGCAGUCUAUAAUGGGGUAGACAAUAUUGCUUGAUUAAUUGUGAGAACAGGGACCUUGCUUUAUAUAUGAGUUGAUGAUUCCUAAACCUUCCCAUAAAGAUUUCCUUGUGAAUCAUGGAUUCAACUCCUCUGCAAAGCAUACUUUAGUUCAUGUCUUAGUAAACUAAUUAUAGUCCACAUAGGAUUAGG